AUGUCAGUCGUUACUGAUAAAAGGCUCAGGAGAGGAAGCCCGCCGUGGUCUGAUCUUCCAUAUGACAUAUUGUGUUGCAUUAUGGGGCACCUUUGUUUUGUGGACCAAAUUCAAUUUCGUGCUGUUUGCAAGAAUUUUGGACUGGUUGCUGGCCUCUAUGAUCCAUGUACCCUUGAAGCAUAUAAGCUUGAUCAUGAAUUAACAUCUUCUAGCUGGAGUGGGGUUGUCAAACUACAAGUUUGCGGUGCAAGAAACGGUUGGUUGCUUCUAGCUGAAAUUACACCAUUUUUUUUCUUUGGUCACACUGAUUUUUACCUCUACAAUCCUUUCACUGAUGAUGCGAGUAUCAAUUUGCCCCGUUUAAGAACCAAGGAAUUUAAAGCCACAUUCACCUCCAAUCUGACGUCCCAAGAUUGUUUGUUUUUUGCCAUACAUGCUGAUGAGGAAAGAGAAAAAGUAAUGUGCAUAAGCACCUGCAGCCAUGGUGAUAGAACCUGCAGCCAUGGUGAUAGAAAAUGGACUGAGUCUCUGGGUGUAGAAGAAAACACGAAUUCAUCGGAGUUACGAAGCCUUGCAGGCUCGUUUGAAGCUAGAUUUGUUGAGUCCGAUGGAGAGGUGUUACUAGUAUACUCUAAGCGGAGCUAUAAGCCUUGGCACAUUUUCAGGCUGGACUGGUUGCAAAUGACAUGGAUGAAGGAAGUUAGCUUGGAUGGGGAAAUAAAGGAUUUGUCUGAUCGUAUCUAUUAUCAUGGAUUUAGGAGAUCGUACUUCUACCCAAUCAAGUCUGGGAUUGGCCAAAUCCGCAACCAUUCGUUAAUACGCCAGUCCUGCAAACAUUAUGAGGACCGCAGCCCUCAUAUGCUCAGAGUUUGGAUUGAACCACCAACUCUGUUAUGA